AUGAAGUUCCUAGCAAUAGCCGCGCUGUUUACGACACUCGUGGCGGGCUUAUCCCCCUCAAAAGUCUGUGUCGUACCUGCAGCCGGUAACUCGUCAAUUGACGAUACUCCCGCUGUGCUAAAAGCAUUUGAUCAAUGUGGACAUGGAGGCAAGAUUCUCUUCGCAAAUACUACCUAUCACAUCAAUAGUGUUAUGAACACGACAGGAUUGAAGGAUGUUGAGAUUGAUCUCCGUGGAACGCUUUUGUGGAGCACAAAUGUCUCGUACUGGCUCAAUCACUCCUUGCCGGUUGGAUACCAGAAUCAAUCCACGGCGUGGGUAUUCGGCGGCAAAAAUAUCCGCUUUAAAGGCCAUGGAUAUGGCACUUUUGAUGGAAAUGGGCAAACUUGGUAUAAUGCCUGUGGAUCUGUGUCGAAUUAUCCCGGUCGACCUCAUGCUUUGACUGUGUCGGAGACUAGUGACUCGGAGUUUACGGGGUUGCGGUUUGUUCAGAGUCAGAUGUGGACCCUCUCCAUCAUCCACUCCCAAAACACCGUCUUCGACCACAUCUACGUAAACAGCACCAGCGUCCACGCCUCAUCCCGCAACACCGACGGCGCAGAUACAAUCUACAGUUCCCACAUUACCUUUCGCAAUUGGGAAGUCGACAAUGGCGAUGACAGUAUCAGUCUCAAGGCUAAUUCGACAGAUAUCCUCAUUGAAGACUCCCUCUUCCAUCGCGGCCUGGGUAUCGCAAUCGGCAGUAUCGGCCAGUACAAAGAUACCUAUGAGACUAUCCAGCGUGUCAGAGCGAGAAAUAUCACGUAUAGCAAGACGCUUCAUGCGGUUUAUUUCAAGACUUGGACUGGGGAACAAGUUAAUUAUCCUCCUAAUGGGGGUGGUGGUGGUCUUGGUUUUGCAUCGGAUAUGAUAUUCGAGGACCUCAGUGCUACCGCGUUGAGGGGACCCGCUAUCGCGAUCUCACAGUGUACCACUUUUUCGGGGACUGCGGGGAAUUGCACGUCUUCUAAAUUCCAGCUUCGAGAUUUGACAUUCAAGAAUUUGAGUGGGACAACUACUAGUGCGGAUGUGGCUAGCUUUCAAUGCUCUGCUGUGAAGCCUUGCGAGAAUAUCUCGAUUACAGGUGUUGACUUGGCUUUAGCUAAUGGGACGUUGGCUGACGACUAUCUGUGUGGGAAUGUUGAGGGGACUCGUGGAUUCAACUGCACUGGGGCUGUGUGUGUUGGUGGAAGUGCGACUGGUGGGUGCUGA